UGAUCAUUGAACUUGCUAGCUCUCUAAAGUAUAUAUUUCGAUUGUAUACCUCCUUAUUGAUUACCAACCAAGUUAAUUACAAAGGAAAAUGGGAAGAGAGAAACGGAGAGAUGCUCCAAGUCUAGGUAAACAACACUUCAGCCACCCCCACAUCUUGAAACUUGUGAAUCCAACAGAAGCUGAAACUCUCAGUUGCAAUGCUUGUGAAAAACCAAACAACCCUAAUUUCUAUGGCUGCAAUAGCUGCCAGUAUUUCCUUCACGAAAACUGCUUAAAUGCUCCUCGUUUUCUCGAUCAUUUGUCUCAUCCUUACCACCACUUGACCCUUCUCCCAGUUCCUACGUACACGAAUCGGUCGUAUACUUGCAAAGCUUGUGGCUCUGAUGGCAAUGGCUAUAGUUUUAGCUGUGCCGCUUGUGAAUUUGAUAUCCACUUGCAUUGUGCCCUUUUGCCUCAUACUGUAUUCCUUCCGCAGCACCGUCAUGAACUUGAGCUCAUAUUUGAUUCACCUUUUGAUGAUGAUGAGGAAGAUGAGAGCACUGUUUUUGUUUGUGAUCUCUGUCACGACAAUGCAGAUCUUAAUUACUGGUUGUAUUAUUGUGCUGAAUGUGAUUUUGGAACACAUCUCGAAUGUGGAAAUUCCAAACCUGUCAGCCAACAAGUACGAGAACGGCCAGUACUCAACAUACCAGAAGUAAAUCCAAUCAUGAAACCAAAGGAAGCACCAAUCAAGAUACAAGAAACCAAUCAAGAAGAGGAAGAGCAAGGUGAAGAAGAUGAAGAAGAAGUGGAAGCGGAAGAAGAAGAGGAAGACGGCAAUGAAGAAGAAGAUGAAGAGGAAGAAGAAGAGGAGGAAGACGGCAAUGAAGAAGAAGAGGAGGACGAAGAAGGGGAGGAAGAGGAACUCCAAAUUCCAAGGUCAAUACAUGUUGACAAACACCCACAUGAGUUGGAGCUGUUCUAUGGUUCUCCAUACGAAGAUAAGGAGACCGUAUUUGCUUGUGAUAUCUGCAAUGCAAUAAUGAACAAAGCCGAUUGGUUGUACUAUUGCGCUGAAUGUGAUUUCGGGACGCACUUGCAUUGUGCAAGUCCUGAAGAUGAUGUUUUACCGAGAUCACAAAAACGUCAAAAUCCAAAUCCAAAUCCAAAUUCAGCAGUUGAGAUGAUAAAUUCAGCUAAUGAUGCUCAUGAACAGCUAAUAGCAGCACAAAUUGAAGCUCAGAUUGCGGCAAGAUCAAGACAGGCUAUGCUUGACUUGGUCGACGGGCCAUCACGAAGAUACUACUACUACUAACUGCAUAUAUCUUCAGCAAUCUUCUUUGAAUUCAUUGUUUUCUGCAAAUUAAAUGUUUUGGUCUUAUGUUAUUUCUUUUUGGAGUAUUACCUUUUCU